GAUUGGGCAGAGUUUUGUCAGUCAAACCUGGCAACACUGCGCACUGCAGCCACAGUUGUGACCCAGUCAAGGGGCUGGAGUCAGUAGUACGUGAGUCGGUAAGAAGGAAAUGUAAAUGUCUGAGGACAAGGAAGCCCAGGAGGAUGAGCUGCUUGCUUUAGCAAGUAUCUAUGAUGAUGAGGAGUUCCGCCGAGCGGAUUUGGCACAGGGGGGAGAGAUCCAACUCUGUCUGGAGCUUCCUCCUGAUUUCAAAAUUGUUGUCAAAGGAGAGAAGCAAACUGAAUAUAAUGUCUGCUUCUUACCUCCUUUGGUGCUCAACUUUGAGCUUCCUGCAAACUAUCCAUCCACAUCCUCACCAGUCUUUACUCUCAGCUCUAAAUGGAUGACCAGAGCACAGAUGUGCUCUCUGUGCAGACGCCUGGAUGAGCUAUGGGAGGAGAACCAAGGCUUUGUGAUUCUUUUUACAUGGAUCCAGUUCCUCAAAGAGGAGGCCCUGGAAUUUCUGAACAUCCAGUCUCCUCUUGAAGUCAUCAGGGGGGGAAGUAAGGCAAGCGGUGAGCGCAGGAAAACCGACCCUGCAGCCACAGCUCUGACACAGUGUGGGAGUCAUUCUGAAAAUGCCGAAGAGAAGAAAAGAGAAGUGAAGAAGGAAAAGUCUGAACCUCAGUUGUCGCCACCUUCUCAAGUGGACCCACGGGCCGUCCUGUUGAUGGACCCGCGUGCCGACCUCCUACCUCAGCUCCUGGACUUUGACGAGGCGCAGCGUCAGAGGGUGUUUGACAGCAAGGUGUUUAGCUGUGGGAUCUGCUUUGUAGAGAAGCUGGGCUCCAACUGCCUCUGCUUUAAGGAGUGCCAGCAUGUCUACUGCAAGGCCUGCAUGACUGAAUACUUCCAGAUCCAAAUACGGGACGGCAACGUUCAGUGCCUUAAUUGCCCUGAGCCCAAAUGUACCUCCUUAGCCACACCGUUGCAGGUGAAGCAGCUGGUAGAUGAGGAGCUGUUUGCACGUUAUGACCGUUUGCUGCUCCAGUCCAGUCUGGACCUCAUGGCCGACGUGGUCUAUUGUCCCCGCCAGUCCUGCGCCACCGCUGUUAUGGUGGAGCCAGACACAACCAUGGGCAUUUGCUCGGCCUGCCAGUAUGCUUUUUGCACACUGUGCAAGCUGGGCUAUCACGGUCUCUCCCAGUGUAAAAUCCCUGCAGAUGAAUUACGUAACCUCAGAGAUGAGUACCUGUCAGCCACAUCCGAGGGGAAAAAGUUCAUGGAGCAGCGCUUUGGGAAGAGGGUGAUCCAGAAAGCAGUGGAGGAGUCCUUUAGCAGAGACUGGCUUAGUGAGAACUGUAAAUGCUGCCCACGCUGUGGAACCAAUAUACAGAAAGUGGAUGGCUGUAACAAGAUGACCUGUACCUCAUGUCGACAGUACUUCUGUUGGCUGUGCCUGGGCCUCCUCAGCAGAGUCAACCCGUACAGUCACUUUAACAACCCCCAUUCGCCCUGUUACAACCAACUCUUCCAGGGUGUGGAUCUUGAUGAAGAGGAUGCCUUCUGGAGCGACGAGGAGGACUGACACCCGUGCAGUGUCUGACUGCUGUAUGCUCCAUUUGAAUGCACUUUAACUCACUUAACCAUCACUUCAGCUGUGACACACACUAUGCCUGCAUUAGCACAACAUUGCCCCCACAACCAAGUACCAUGGAACCAUUGUUUAUGGUUUGAACAUGAUCAGGCAUCUUGGGUAUAAAACAUUCAAUGCCCGAACAUACGUUGUUCAUAUUUACUUGAUAAAUGACAGAUGUCAAGUAUACAAAGUAUUCUGUCAUGAAUGGAAAGAAUGGUUUUAGCUAUUAUAUCAAGAGUGAGACAGCUGUGGUCAUUCGGGUAAUCUUUAAAAUUCACUCUUUUGGCUAUCAAGGGUACAUACUUGGAUAUGGGGUUAGUGACCAGUUUGUAUUUCAAACCCUUUAAAUAUGACAGUGUCAUAGAACUAAGCUUUUAAUUCAAAACUCUGUAAAAAAUUGGUUGGAUUUCUCUUUAUUUUACAGUAGAUUAUGACUACAGAUAUAAUUUCUCUCUUCUUAAUCAGACAUGUAUUUCGUGAUGAGUUCAUCUCACAGCCUAACAAUCCUGGAGUCACCGACAAAGCUAAGUUUUGGUAAAUUGGAAGUGUUUGCUUCUGAGUGUUACAGGGAAAAGAAGGACUCUGGAUUUGCCCUUCUUUGUCAUAUGAAGUACCCUGGCCAUUAUAUUAAGGAAUUACCCUCUGGCUAGCAUUUUGUCACAUGUCAAAAGUAUGACACAGCUAACUCUUCUUGAGAUAAACUUCAAGGUGGAUAACUAAGUCAUGAUCUAACCAACACUCUCAUACAAAUACAACAAUGAUACAGGAUAAAAGCAGUGGAGACAAAAGUGGAGAUUUGUCACCCGGACAGAAUUCUAUAACAGGGUUUUUGGUUGUUUUGUUUUUGUUGUUGUUUGUGUGGUGUUUUUUUUUUUUUUUUUUUUUUUAAAGGCUGUUUUGGUUGACUACCAGAAUAGGGAAACCCUUAUUUCUCCCUCAGACAGACACAAUGUGCUAUGUACAGAGUGUGCUCUUUAGGUUACAUUUUCAGGCUGGGGUCAUCUCUUCCUGGGAUGCAAUUUUUUUUUUUUUUUUUUCCUUAUCUGAAAAUUAUGUUUAGAUUAGCUUUUUCCUUAGAUUUACAGAAACGUGUUUUUUGCGCGUCCUAUGAUAAAAGCUAAAUAGGUUGGAAAGAAGAAUUUCAUGAGAUUGGUUUUGGGGAAUUUUCUCUAUUUGUUUGUGUCAAAUAUUUUUCCAUAAAAAUUGUACUAAUGGAGGACAGUGCAGUAAAUAUUCAUGACAGUAGAUCCUCUGAUUGGGUUACUGGGAUUGUGAUUAUGAUGUUUUGGAAAGACAAGUCACUCAGAGACUGUGGUGUCAGAAAGGAAAUCCUCACUUGGUAAACAGCCAAGGCGAAUAAUUUUGACUAGAAUUAUUCGCACCCUAUGUACAACUGUUAUUUUAAUGUUGCCAAAUAGUGUCAAAGAGGGGCCAUAGAAUCUUAAAAAUGUUAGAUACAAAAAUUAUUUUGUAUAUUGUUAAUUUAUUUUAUUUUUUCAAAUCUGAUCAGAAAGAGGACUAUCAUGCAGUCAGUUCUGUUUCAAACUGAACCUUGCAUCAAAUCUGUAUUUUAUUUUUUUUCCAACGUUGAAUCAUUUGCUCCUUGCUGCUUCAAAAGUGCAGAAUACUUAAACAGAAUUGAUGCUGGUCUGAACUGGUAAAAAGACAAUCUCUUGUUCAGUCUUGAAAUGCACGUGGAUUCACUUUCCCAUCAAUGCAGAACCACUGUCAAUUAAUUUUGUCAUGUAAGAAAAGUUUGAAUACUGGACUUGCAGAAUCCUGUAGUGCAUUCAGCAAACCGUUCCUCAAAAAUAAAUGUUACCACUUAACAUUUUGUCUACUUUAUUCACUGGAUCUGAAACUGAAAAAAAAAUGCACUUUGGUGCUAGCAUAGUUCUUCUGCCCUCGCUGUGAGUAAAGAUGCACAGCUAUACAGCGACCUAAACGCACUUUAAAGAAAAGCCGAAGAUAGGAAUUGGGCUUUUAUUUUAAUUUACAAAUUAAAUGACUGUUUACAAAUCCAAAAGAGAUGAAAUUCCAUAAAAAACCUGUUAGAUGAAAGGUGAAAAAAUGGAAACUGGAUUCACAGAAGUAUAGAAAGUAUGUCAAAUUAGUUGCAUUGUGUUUCAGGCCAGGAAGAAACAAAUUGUCACCAGUGAAAGAUCAAUAUCAAGUUCUAAACCUACAGGUAGAAUUUAAAAAAAAAAAAAAAAAAAUUGAAAGCAUAAAAUACUUAAAAGUUAUCCCAACAGUAAAUUAACAGUUACUCAGAAUGUUGCAUUAGCAAUACAUUAACUCCAGUUAACUCCAGACAGCUAAUAUAGUGGCUCGCUUGAUUAGCAGUAAGCUGAUCAUAGAAAAUUCUACUAAAUCACAAAACAACAUUCAAAAAGCAGCUGCAAAUAGGAGUACCUACAGAUAAUGCUACAACAAAGGCAUUUAAGGAGUAGAUAAAAAGAUGCCUGACAGUGUUUGCUUUGUCACAGAUCUGACAAAAUGGUGGACGUAAAAAUGUCAGUUAAGUCGCUAUGGAACUGUGCCAGCAGUGGUUGCUAUAGCAACAGAAUGUUCAACUGAAACCAACUGCGGGUUGCAGAACAAUAAUAGUUUCCAGUCGCUGCGGGGUCAUGAGACAUUUUGUUGUAGGUGUUCAUAGGUUUUUCAAGCUGUUAAAAGUCCCCCCCUCCCCCACUUAUAUCUUUAUUGGAAAAAGAUUUUCAACAUUAAACAACGGCCGUAAAAAAAGAACAAACAUGGUUUAGGAUAUUCGUUCACAUUUUUUUCAUUUAUACAGUCCUGUUGGUGGAUAUAUCAGCUCUGUUUUGAUGUUGCCAUUUUGAGUCUUGUAUAAGGUCCAUUUUGCUUGCAGUUGUGCUUCUUGUAGUCUCACAAUAUUUGUCAUUUUUCCAAUG